AAUGUCUGCUGUGGGUAUUCGUGGUGAGAGAGAUCAAGGUUAAGAUGUUCGUACAAGUAAUGUAACUGCUGUCAUGGCAAUUGCCAAUGUUGUCAAAACUAGUCUUGGACCAUAAGGAUUGGAUAAAAUGUUAGUAGAUGAAAUUGGAGAUGUUGUAAUCACAAAUGAUGGAGCAACUAUACUUAAAUAAUUAGAAAUUGAGCAUCCUGCUGCUAAAGUCAUUGUUGAAUUAAGUCAAUUGUAAGAUAAGGAAGUAGGUGAUGGCACUACAUCAGUUGUUGUAUUAGCUGCUGAAUUGCUUAAACGAGCUAAUGAAUUGAUUAAAAUUAAAGUACAUCCUACCACUAUAAUAUCCGGUUACAAAUUAGCUGCCAGAUAAGCAGUCAAAUAUAUUCAAUCUCAUUUAGUGCAUAAAAUUACUGAAGAUGACACUGAGAUAUUAAUUAAUGCAGCCAAAACUUCUAUGAAUAGUAAAGUUAUUGGUCCAGAGAGUCAUAUCUUUGCUAAAUUAGCAGUUGAUGCAGUUAGACUAAUCAAAACUUAAGGUGCAAUAUCUGGAAAACAUAAAUAUCCAAUUCAAUCUAUAAAUAUUGUUAAAAGUCAUGGAUAAUCAUCUAAUUAAUCUGAAUUAAUCAAAGGAUAUGUUCUUUAAUUACAAAGAGCUUCAUAACAAAUGGUAACAAAAGUUAAGAAUGCUAAAAUUGCUUGUUUAGAUAUCAAUUUAAAUAAAUUCAAAAUGUAGAUGGGAGUUUAAAUCUUGGUUGAUGAUCCUAAUAAUUUAGAAAAAAUUAGAAAGAAGGAAAUGGAUGUUUUGAAAGAAAGAAUUCAUUUAUUAUUAUCAGCAGGAGCCAAUGUAAUCUUAACUUCAAAAGGAAUGGAUGAUUUAGCUAAUAAAUAUUUAGUAGAAGCAGGAGCUAUUGGAUUAAGAAGAGUCCCAAAAGAUCAUCUAAGGAGAAUUGCUAAAGCUACAGGUGCAAAGGUUAUAACUACCUUUGCUAAUGAAGAAACAGGAGAGUCAUUUGAUGUUUCAAGUUUAGGAGAAGCUGAAGUAUAUAAUAGUAUAAUAAUAUAUAGGAAGUUUAUGAAGAAGCUAUAGGAGAUAAUGAUUAUAUAUUUUUUAAAGGAAUGAAAAAGGAAUAAUCAGCAAGUAUUAUACUUAGAGGUGCUAAUGAAAUGAUGACUGAUGAGAUUGAAAGAUCAGUACAUGAUUCAUUAUGUGUUGUUAAAAGAACCUUAGAAUCUGGUUCAGUUGUUGCUGGAGGUGGAGCUGUUGAAAUGGCUUUAAGCAUUUAUUUAGAUGAUUAUGCUAGAACUUUAGACACAACUGAAUAAAUUGCUGUUGCUGAAUUUGCUGAAGCAUUAACUUGUAUUCCAAAGAUUUUAGCUACAAAUGCUGCUAAAGAUUCAAUAGAUUUAAUCAGCAAAUUAAGAGUUUUACAUAGCAAAUCUUAAUCACUCUAAGUAGAUGAAAAGGGAUUUAAGUACAGUGGUUUAGAUUUAAUAAAAGGAGAAGUCAGACACAAUCUAAGACAUGGAGUUCUUGAACCAACUGUAAGUAAAGUGAAAGCAUUAAAGUAAUACAAUAAUAUAUUUGUUUUAGAUUUGCAACAGAAGCUGCCAUAACAAUAUUGAGAAUAGAUGAUAUGAUUAAAUUAGAACCAAAGAAAGAGUAAAUGCCUGGUAGACAUUGAGUU